AUGUCUUUGGUAUCUGGAGCUGUAUCGGGUUCCAGGGACAUGGGAGGAGACGAGGAAAACACGUCCAGAACGGCGCCGUCUCAUCAUCACGAGAGCACCGACGAUGAGGGUGUUGGAUCUUUGGGGAGACAGAUGAGCGAGUCCUCUCUUUGCGCUACCGAGGAAGAAGAAGACGAUGAUUCCAAAUUACAAUUGGGCCCUCAGUACACUAUCAAGGAGCAUCUCGAGAAGGAUAAGGAUGAUGAGAGCCUGAGGAAGUGGAAAGAACAGCUCCUGGGAAGUGUUGAUGUCACCAACAUUGGAGAGACUCUGGAUCCGGAAGUGAGGAUCCUUAGCUUGGCGAUCUUAUCCCCUGGAAGACCAGAUAUUGUGCUUAUGGUUCCGGAGAAUGGGAAUCCAAAGGGAAUGUGGUUUACUUUGAAAGAAGGGAGCAAGUACAACUUGAAAUUCACUUUUCAAGUUAACAACAACAUCGUCUCUGGUCUUAGGUACACCAAUACUGUUUGGAAGACCGGUGUUAAAGUGGACAGAGGAAAGGAAAUGCUUGGAACCUUUAGUCCUCAGUUGGAGCCAUACAACCACGUGAUGCCAGAAGAGACUACUCCUUCUGGCAUGUUUGCUCGAGGAUCAUAUUCUGCAAGAACUAAGUUUCUUGAUGAUGAUAAUAAGUGCUACUUGGAGAUCAACUACAGCUUCGACAUCCGUAAAGAAUGGCCUGCGGUUUGA